AUGGUGAGCCCGAGCCCCGCGCCGAGGGCACCGGCGCCCACUAGCAACCGCGGCGCUGCCUGGCAGCCCGGCGCGCUCGUUCAGCCCCGGGACAAGCGGCUUGCUCCGCGGAGCCGGCGGCCUGCCUCUGCAGCCCCGAGCUCUUUGCAGGCGGUUUUGAGAGGGGACGCCGCCCCCCGGCCGCCCGGCCGCCGGGCUGCGGCCCCCUCCUUUCCGCCCCCUCGGGCCGCCGCCGCCGCGGCUGCUGCAAAAGGGCGCUCGCACGCACCGCCGAGCUCCGGGGAAAGCGCCCGGCGCGCGGCAGCGGCGCUCAGCCGCACGGCGCCGCCUCCCAAGGUGUUUUCGCGGCGCCCGCCCCCGGGGACGAUCUUUGGCCCGCGUUGGUCCAAGUACCUGCCCCAGCCCCGGGCCGGCCGUCGGGUCACUCGAAAGCCCCUCCCGGGCCCCUCGGGCUUCCCGGAGCUCGCACCCGCAGCCCAACCCCCGCCCGCUCGCCCUUCCCGGCUGGAGGUCACCGAGACAGGCGGCUGGAAGCCCGGCUCCGCUUGCUUCUCGGAGGCUCGACGGCUCCUCCUCGCCCAGGACAGCUUCCGCGGACCCAGCCGCUUCACAUCCACCGUCCCCCGAUACUAUUCUUUUGGCGGGGGGAGGUGUGGCGAACGCCCAGGCUGGUCUAGUCCAUUCAGCAAGCAUUCACGCUGCCUUUUUGAUCUCCACGUGGGCAGGCCAGUGAUGGCGGCGCUGGUGGAGUCGGUGGCUGCAGAGUCCGGCGGUCGAAGCGGCCCUGGCAGAGGUCGAGCACCUCGGGGACGCUUGGCCAAUCAGAUCCCCCCUGAGAUCCUGAACAACCCCCACCUGCAGGCAGCCAUUCAAGUCUUGCCUUCCAACUAUAACUUUGAGAUUCCCAAGACCAUCUGGAGGAUUCAACAGGCUCAGGCCAAGAAGGUGGCCUUGCAAAUGCCUGAAGGCCUUCUCCUUUUUGCCUGCACCAUUGUGGAUAUCUUGGAAAGGUUCACAGAGGCCGAAGCGAUGGUGAUGGGUGAUGUGACGUAUGGGGCCUGCUGUGUGGAUGACUUUACUGCAAGGGCCCUGGGAGCUGACUUCCUGGUGCACUAUGGCCACAGCUGCCUGGUUCCCAUGGACACCUCGGUCCAAGACUUCCGGGUGCUGUACGUCUUUGUGGACAUCCGGAUAGAUACUACCCACCUCCUGGAUUCUAUCCGCCUCACCUUCCCCCCAGCCAGUUCCCUUGCCUUGGUCAGCACCAUUCAGUUUGUGUCAACCUUGCAGGCAGCUGCCCAGGAGCUGAAAGCUGAGUAUCGUGUGAGUGUCCCACAGUGCAAGCCCCUAUCUCCUGGGGAGAUUCUGGGCUGUACGUCCUCCUACCUGCCCAAAGAGGUGGAGGCUGUUGUAUAUCUUGGAGAUGGCCGCUUCCAUCUGGAGUCUGUCAUGAUUGCUAACCCUAGUGUCCCCGCUUACCGAUAUGACCCAUACAGCAAAGUCUUAUCCAGAGAGCACUAUGACCACCAGCGCAUGCAGGCCAACCGCCAAGAAGCCAUAACCACAGCCCGCUCAGCUAAAUCCUGGGGCCUUAUCCUGGGCACUUUGGGCCGCCAGGGCAGCCCCAAGAUUCUGGAGCACCUGGAAUCUCGGCUCCAAGCCUUGGGACUUCCGUUCAUGAGGCUGCUGCUCUCUGAGAUCUUCCCCAGCAAGCUUAGCCUGUUUCCUGAGGUGGAUGUGUGGGUGCAGGUGGCAUGUCCACGCCUUUCCAUUGACUGGGGCACAGCCUUCCCCAAGCCACUGCUGACACCCUAUGAGGCAGUGGUGGCCCUGAGGGACAUUUCCUGGCAGCAACCCUACCCCAUGGACUUCUACGCCGGCAGUUCCUUGGGGCCGUGGACAGUGAACCACGGACGGAACCGCCCCCCCCAGGCCCUGGGCCGGCCGUCGCUGACGAAGAUGCAGGAGGAGCCCACGCGCCCUACUCCAGCAGCGGCCUGCGACGAUUGCAGCUGCCGAGAAGAAAAGGGAGCGCCCCUCAUUCCGUAG